UCUAAUCACCGAGCAGUUGAUCAGUCAUCACUACACCAAAAAUUUUCUGACUCUGUGUCUCCGUCGCGUUAGCAAUGGCUGUUGUCUCUUCGUCUCCAGAGACCCAUGCGCGCCCUCACAAAGCCAUCUUCCCUUUCAUGGCCAAGGGCCACACCAUCCCGCUCAUCCACCUCGCCCACCACCUCCGCCGCCACGGCAACGCCGCCGUCACCUUCAUCACCACCCCUGGCAACGCUGUCUUCGUUCGCGAGGGGCUGUCCGGCGCGGACGCGGCCGUCGUCGAGCUCGCCUUCCCAGCCGACGUCCCUGGCAUCCUGCCGGGCGUUGAGAGUGCCGAGGGCCUCACGUCCAUGUCCUCCUUCGCCAUCUUCGCCGAGGCCACGUCCCUGCUGAAGCCACAGCUCGAGGCGUCCCUAGCCAGGAUGCAGCCGCCCGCCAGCCUCCUCGUUGCCGACCCGUUCCUGUACUGGACCAACGCGUCGGCGGCAAGGCUCGGCGUCCCGAAGGUGUCGUUCUUCGGCAUCUCAGCGUUCGCGCAAGUCAUGCGGGAGCUGCGGGUGCGCCACGACCCGUGUGCCACGUUACGGCACGGCGACGUCGAUGCCGACGGCAACCCAGCCACCUUCACGAUGCCGGAGUUCCCGCACAUCAAGCUCACGUUCGAGGACUUCAUGGCGCCCUUCGGCGACCCGGCGUCCAUAGGACCCAUGCUGGAGCUCGACGGCAAGCUGGGCAAGGCCAUAGAGGAAAGCCAAGGCCUCAUCAUCAACACUUUCCAUGGCCUAGAGACCCCGUACGUUGAGUUCUGGAACCAGCACGUCGGGCCCAAGGCCUGGCCCGUCGGACCGCUCUGCCUCUCCCAGCCAGCAUCUGCGCCAAGUGAUGCCCCGCCCUCGUGGAUGGUGUGGCUUGACGACAAGGCGGCCGCUGGGAGGGCCGUGCUGUACGUCGCCCUGGGAACGCUAGCCGCGAUCUCAGAGUCACAACUGAAAGAGGUCGCGGACGGGCUGGAGCGGGCCGAUGUGGACUUCGUGUGGGCUGUUAGGCCCGAGAACGUCGACCUCGGUCAGGGUUUCGAGGAGCGUACAAAGGGUAGGGGCUUGGUGGUGAGAGAAUGGGUGGAGCAGCUGGAGAUCCUGAAGCAUGGCAGCGUGCGAGGGUUCUUGAGCCAUUGUGGGUGGAACUCGGUGCUUGAGAGUGUUGCCGCCGGCGUGCCGUUGGCCGUCUGGCCCAUGCAUGCCGACCAACCUUUCAAUGCAAAGUUCAUAGUCGAUGAGUUGAAGAUCGCAGUCAGAGUUCAGACAAGUGAUGGGACGAUUAGGGGUUUGGUCACGAGCGAGGAGGUUUCGAAAGUGGUGACGGCUCUGAUGCUUGGCGAGGAAGGGUUGGAGGCGGCGAAGAAUGUGGCGGAGCUGUCAGCGCUCGCUAAGGAGGCCAUGGCGGAGGGAGGAUCGUCAUGGAAAGCAGUGGAGAACAUGAUCAGUGAGUUGUGCGUGACGAGCCUGCAUGGGAAGGUAGAGGCGAGCCAGGAGCAGAAAGUGGAUCUUUAGAAUGUUUUUUUGAGUUCUUGGUUGUUUUAAUCUUCCUGAGAAAUAAUUGGGUGGAGUGCAAGCAACUAAUGUUUUGCUAUGAACUACGAAGAAAAUAACGUAAGUGUGUGAAUUUUAGAAAAGGAAAACAAAUUGUUGGCAUGUGAUGCAUGUUUCUGAUCUGAAGCAUAUAAAAAAUUGAGAA